CCCCAUGCCCAGAAGGACGAACACGCAUAGCCAAGCGUCCCUUCUCCAUGCUCCACCUUGAGAAUGGAGAUGGCAUCGCAGUUGCGAGUCACGUUAGGCAGAUGCUUCCUUUGCUGCUCGUAGAAGUAUAGCACGUAGCCAUGGCAACACGAGCGGCACGCAGAUGCAAACUGCCUCCCUCUUCCUCGUUGAAAUCCAUGCUCAUGCUGCUGCUCCUCCCGCUCGCCUUCUUCUUGCUGCGCCCAACUACAGCCACCGGCAGCAGCGGAAGCUGCACGCCGGAGUCAUGCGGGGACCUGACCAUCAGAUACCCCUUCUCCCUCGCUGGAGUGCAGCCACUCUACUGUGGCUACCCAUCCUUCGAGCUCACCUGCGACACGGGCACCGGCCCCGCCUACCUGAGCAACACGUUCAGGGAGCACCUGUUCCGCGUCGACAACAUCUCCUACGCGGACAACUCCAUGGUGGCCGCCGUGCAGACAGCCUUCGCCGGCGACACCGGCUGUCCCGUCCCCGACUUCAACGUGACGGCCAGCCUCGCCCUCUUCCCGUUCAACAUCAGCGCCACAAACAAGCGCCUCGUGUUCUUCUACAACUGCACCGUGCCCGCUAGGUUCAUGCUGCGGCGGCUGUGUGCCAACAACACGAUGGGGGCGUACAUUUCCGGUCUUUGGGGCAGCAGUGAAGGCAGCACGCUGCCGCAGGGGGUUCCCACAAACUGUAUCUCUGUGAGCGUGCCGGUGCGCAGAGGGAUGGAGCCUCAUAUGCACUACGCGCAGCUGAUCAGAGAUGGGUUCCUCCUGGAGCUGCCGGCGCCGCUGGGAGACUGCUACAGAUGCAGACAGAUGAGCGGCGGGGAGUGCAGGUUCGAUCAGUUUGCGUUCCAGUGCGUCUGCCCCGACGGGAAGCUCUGCCCCAUUACCAAUACCACCCAAGUGACCAACUCAACAGCUCAUCCAGGUAACAAAAGGGCUGGCACAAAGAUACUACUAAUAGGUUUGACAUCAGCAGGUGCAGCACUGCUCUUUCCUUGUAUCUAUGUGCUGAUAUGGUAUAUGAGGGGAAAAAGAAACUGGUUUCUCCUCUGGAAAAAGAAUAGCAGCAGCACUGAAAGGCAUUACAAGGCCAUGAUAGUAUCAUAUGGGCCGCUUGCUCCAAAAAGAUACAUGUACUCAGAGGUAAUGAAGAUAACAUCUUUUCGCAAUAAGAAGCUUGGUCAGGGUGGUUACGGUGUAGUUUUUGAAGGAAAGCUACAAGAUGGUCGUCUGGUUGCUGUGAAAUUCUUGCAUGACUGCAAAGGAAAUGGGGAGGAGUUUGUAAAUGAGGUUAUGAGCAUUGGCAGGACCUCUCAUGUGAAUAUUGUUAGACUGUUUGGCUUUUGUUUGGAGGGAUCAAAACGAGCUCUUAUAUAUGAGUACAUGUGCAAUGGUUCCCUGGAUAGAUACAUUUACUCAGAGAACCCAAAAGAAAUUUUAGGAUGGGAGAGGCUCUAUGCGAUAGCAAUCGGGAUAGCUCGUGGACUGGAAUAUUUGCAUCAUAGUUGUAAUACACGGAUCAUCCAUUUUGACAUUAAGCCCCAAAAUAUCCUUCUAGACAAAUAUUACUGCCCCAAGAUUGCCGACUUCGGUCUUGCUAAGCUCUGUCGUACCAAGGAGAGCAAGCUUUCAAUGAUUGGUCCUAGAGGAACAAUUGGAUUCAUUGCUCCAGAAGUUCACUCACGAAACUUUGGACUUGUUUCAACAAAGUCAGAUGUUUAUAGUUAUGGAAUGAUGUUGCUAGAGAUGGUUGGAGGCAGGAAAAAUGUGAAAUCUGUGGCUGAACAAUCAAGCGAAAAGUAUUUCCCAGAUUGGAUUUAUGAUCACUUUGCUCGAGAUGAUGGAUUAGAGGCAUGUGAAGUUACAAGUGACAUUGAGGAAAUUGCAAGAAAGAUGACCUUGAUUGGCUUGUGGUGCAUACAAGUAUUACCUGUGUAUCGCCCUACUAUAACCAAAGUUCUAGAAAUGUUCGAGAGAAGCUUAGAUGAUAUGGCCAUGCCACCAAAGCAGAACUUCAGUGGACUACUCGAAAAUGCAGCUCAUAAUAUGAAUGUACAAAGUGCAAGCUCUACGACAUCUGAGGAGAUAAGGCUUGUGAAUUCAGGAAACACACAACAAUUUCCACCUCUUUGAGAAGGUUGGUAGUUGGGAAGGGCGUGCCGAAUAGAAGAGGCACAAUGUCAUACCUUUGAAUUCGUCUUGCAUUAGGAGUGGCGACAACAAACUUCCAUAGCCGGUUAUCAUAAAACCAUUGUUGAUAAAACUCACAGCAAUGUCAUCCACUGUUUUAAAUAGCCCGCUAUAGCUCCGCUAUAGCACGCUAUAACAUUUACAGAAGGUCUUGCGCUAAGUGACUUUGAUCCAAACAAAUGAACAAACAUUUUAAAUAGCUCGCUAUAGCUUCGCUAUAGCACGCUAUAGCAUUUAGAAAAGGUCCGCCGCUAACAGGCUUAGCGCGCUAUUUAAAACUAUGAUGUCAUCACAGGUUCGCAUUAUAGUUCUGCAAGAAACAAAAAUUAGCCUGCAUAUGGAGAUGUCAAUGGCAAUCAAUUAUUUUAUCCGACAGGCACCUAAAUGCAUGUCAUAUUUGUACUAGCGCAUACCAAGGUUAUACAACUUGCCUGUCACCAGGUGGUAACUGAAGCCUCC